AUUCUUUGUCUAUUUUCCAGAUCUUGAGGAAUCUUUUGCGAGAAACUCCAAGAGGAAUCCACUAUAAUGGAGUUCCUGAGUGCCCAGUGCGCCGCCCGUUCGGCAGGACCUGCCAACACGCUGAUGUCCUUGCUGCUGACCACCCUGAUAACCAAGUACUGUGAGCUGAGCGGCCAGCAGCAGUGGCCGGCGGACCAGGGCGACUGGCUGGAGAAGUCGGGGGGCUUCACAGACGACUACGACUUCAUAGUGAUUGGAUCGGGAAGCUCGGGAUCAGUGGUGGCGGGACGACUGGCGGAGGAAGCGAACUGGAAGGUGCUGCUCCUGGAGGCAGGAGGCGAUCCCCCCAUCGAGACGGAGUUCGUGGCCUGGCACAUGGCGACCCAGUUCUCCGAGUGGGACUGGCAGUACCACACGGAGCCGAACGGUCGGGCCUGCAUGGCGAUGCUGGGCGAGAGCUGCCACUGGCCGCGGGGCAAGAUGCUGGGCGGCACCAACGGCAUGAACGCAAUGAUCUACGCCCGCGGCACCCGUGAGGACUUUGAUGACUGGGAGCGGCGCGGCAACCCCGGCUGGGGCUACGACGAGGUGCUCGAGCACUUCCGCAAGGCGGAGGACCUGCGCUCCACCCGGCCGGACUACAAGCCCGGCGACCACGGUGUUGGCGGACCCAUGGGCCUCAACAACUACGUCUCGGACAACGAGUUCCGGUCGACGAUCCGCGCCGGAAUGCAGGAGAUGGGCUAUGGCAGUGCCCCCGACUUCACGGAGGGCUCCUUUGUCGGCCAGAUGGACAUCCUGGGCACCCAGGACGGCGGUCGCCGCAUCACCACCGCCCGCUCCCACCUGCGCAAGGACACGCCCAACCUGCACAUCCUGCGCCACGCCCACGUCAAGAAGAUCAACCUGGACGCCCAGAACAGGGCCGAGAGCGUGACUUUCGUGCAUCGCGGCCAGAAGGAGUACACGGUGAAGGCCAGAAAGGAGGUGGUCCUGUCGGCAGGAGCCAUUGGCUCGCCCCAGAUCCUGAUGCUGUCGGGUGUUGGACCCGCUGACCACCUGAAGAGCCUGGGUAUCCCCCUGAAACUGGACCUGCCCGUGGGAAAGAACCUCAAGGAUCAUGCCAGCCUGCCCGUCAUCUUCCAGAUCGACAAGUCCACCGCCCGUGUGCCCACCGAGGAGGAGCUGGUGGACGCCAUGUUCAACCUGCUGAUGGGCCGCUACAGCAAGCUGCUCCACCACGAGGCCACCGCCCUGACCGGUUUCAUCAACACGACCACCAUCGAGGGCCCCAACCCCGACAUCCAGACCACCAACUUCUUCAGCCUGAUGCAGAGCCCCGAGCUGAAGGGCUAUGUGGCCGCCACAGGCUUCAACGACCGUGUGGCCAAGAGCAUCCUGUCCGCCAACCAGAACUCCAACACCUACAUCACCUACCUGCUCCACCUGAAGCCCUUCUCCGCCGGACAGCUGACACUCCAGUCCAGUGACUACCUGGAGUCGCCCCUCAUCGACCCCGGCUACAUGACCGACCAGCGGGACGUGGACACCUACAUCCGGGCCCUGAACAUCUACAAGAACCUGCCCAAGACCAAGGCCUUCAGCCAGCGGGAGGCGGCCCUCCACAAGGUCGACCUGGAGGCCUGCAACGGCCUGGAGUACCAGUCGGACGACUACUGGCGCUGCUACAUCCGCCACAUGACCACCACGGUCUACCACCCGGUGGGCACCACCAAGAUGGGUCCCAAGAACGACCCCACCGCCGUGGUGGACGCCCGCCUCCGGGUCCAUGGAGCCAAGGGUCUUCGCGUGAUCGAUGCCAGCAUCAUGCCGGACAUCGUGGGCGCCAACACGAACGCCGCCUGCAUCAUGAUCGGCGAGAAGGGCGCCGAUAUGAUCAAGGAGGACUAUCUUGGCGCCAAGCACACCGAGCUUUGAAUCUAAAGUUUGCGAUAUUACACGAUUAUCACUUAGCAAGUAGGUUUUUUUGGUCAAAUUUUUUUUUGAAAGUGUUUAACGAAUAAACAUGCAUAAAGUUUAAAA